CAGUACACAUCACAAUCGUAUCACAACUCGCGACACUGUAAUAUUUGAAGUCGCCUAAUUUUUGACUGUAAACGAUAUAUAAAAUACACUACAACAAUGUGAAAGUGAUAAAAAUGAUUAAAUUAUAGCAGUAGCACUUUUUAUGUUUUACUUUCUUCUUCGUUAUUUCAUGUUUUCUUUACAACUAAUUAUUAGUCAUAUUGUUACUGAAAAUAUUGUGUUAUGAUCAUAAUAAUGGCUUACCGAAUUUUAUUAGUUGUUGUUCUUGCAAUAAUCAGUGUGAGUACUGAAGAAGAAACUUCUGCACCGAUGACUAAAGCUGAAAGAAUAAGUUUAAGAGAGGAGGCCCGGAAAAUGUUUUACCAUGCAUACAAUGCAUAUAUGGACAAUGCAUAUCCAGCGGAUGAGUUGAUGCCACUCAGCUGCAAGGGGAGAUGGAAGGGCAUCACACCGAGCCGGGGUGACAUGGAUGACGCUCUUGGAAACUUUUCUCUGACGCUAGUGGACAGCUUGGACACUCUGGUGGUGAUGGGGGACUUCUCCGAGUUCAGCAGAGCCAUCAAACUCGUCAUCAAAGACGUCUCGUUCGAUCACGACAUCGUAGUUUCCGUGUUCGAAACUAACAUCAGAAUGCUGGGGGGCCUGUUGUCCGCGCACGUGCUGGCGACGGCGCUGAAGCCGGAGGUGCCCGUGUUGCAGUGGUACGGCGGCGAGCUGCUGGCCCUAGCCGAGGACCUCGGCCGCCGCUUACUGCCCGCCUUCAACACGUCCACGGGCAUCCCGCACGGAAAGGUGAACCUGCGGCACGGCGUGCGCUACCUGCAGGAGUCGCGCGAGACGUGCACGGCGUGCGCGGGCACCAUGAUCCUGGAGAUGGCGGCGCUGUCGAGGCUCACCGGCCGCGCCGUCUACGAGCAGAAGGCCCACAAGGCCAUGGACAGGCUGUGGAAGAUCAGGCACAGGACGUCGGACCUAAUGGGCACGGUGAUAAACAUUCACUCCGGCGACUGGGUCCGCAAGGACUCGGGCGUGGGCGCCGGCAUCGACUCGUACUACGAGUACUGCCUCAAGGCGUACAUCCUGCUCGGCGACGAGAAGUACCUGGCCAGGUUCAACCGCCACUACAACGCCGUCAUGAAGUACAUCAGCAGGGGGCCCGUCAUGUUGGCCGUCCAUAUGCACAGGCCGCACCUCCAAUCCCGCAACUUCAUGGACGCGCUGCUGGCGUUCUGGCCGGGGCUGCAGGUGCUGCUGGGCGACGUGCGGCCCGCCGUCGAGACGCACGAGAUGCUCUACCAGGUCAUGCAGCGCCACACAUUCAUACCAGAGGCCUUCACCACCGACUUCCAGGUACACUGGGGGCAGCACCCCCUCCGACCCGAGUUCCUCGAGUCCACAUACUUCCUCCACCGGGCCACCGAGGACGACCACUACCUGCACGUGGGCAAGAUGGCCCUCAAAGCUUUACAGCAACACACCAAAGUGCCUUGCGGCUACGCCGCCGUCAACGACGUCAGGACCCGAAUCCACGAGGACAGAAUGGACUCGUUCGUCCUUGCGGAGACCUUCAAGUAUCUAUACAUGCUGUUCGGUGACGAUAAACAUAUGCCGGUCAAGUUGGAAGACUAUGUGCUCACGACGGAAGCGCACUUCCUGCCGCUCUCCCUGGCGCAUGCGGGGAAAAACACAUCCUACUUCAGCUUGAAAAUCGAUGACGAAGACGAGGACAAGUACAGAAAGACGUGUCCGAACACGGCCUCGCUGGUGGCGGAGAAGGUGCGGCAGCCGAUGCGGCAGCUGCUGGGCGCGGCGGCGGCGCGGCCGGCCGCGCGCCUGCGCCCGCUCAACGACCCGCGCCAGGUGCACGCGCUCGCCGACAUGGGCAUCUCCGUGCUCACGCUGCCCGACGGCAGGGUGCAACUGCUCUACACCACCAAUACGGCCAAGUCAUCAAAAGAUGCGGCAGAAGGACUGACUUUUAUGCGCGAGAUGUCCAAGUGGAACUCCAUGAGCGACGUAGAGAACGGUGUGACACCAGUGGGCGUGGAAGUUCGCGGACGCGUGUUUCCUGCGGGCCCGGGUCACUUCGGGCGCGAGGUGCGCGGCGAGCGGCUCUCCGGCACGCCCGCGCGCGCCUCCCCGCUCGACGCCUGCACGCCGCUCGACAACGCCGCCAACCUUCAGGGCAAGUUUGCCGUCGCGCAACGGGGACACUGCACGUUCGCUCAGAAGGUCAGAAAUAUACAAUACGCCGGGGCCGAGCUCGCCAUCGUCGUGGACAACGUGCCCGACUCCACGCACACGGUCACCGCCAUGUUCGCCAUGUCCGGCGACGGCAAGGACGACAUACAGAUACCGGCCGUGUUCCUUUUCACUAGGGAGGGCGACUACCUGUUGGACGCCAUGAGAGAGGACCCCGAAUUGAUCGUUACCGUUGGCGAACUCGAGUCGCUCAAAAGACAGUACGAGAACACCUGCGAGGACGACAAUUGCGAGGCCGUUUUGGAAACAUCCAGCGGGCCCGCAGAGUCAGAAUCGUUUGAUCACCUCAAAAAAGUACUCAGCCAAUUAGUGGCGCAGUUUGAACUGUCUUUGUCGCACGACGAGAGCGGCGGUACACAGGGGCAGCGCUGCGGCAACGAGGUGUCGGACCAGCCGUUCCAAAACGAUAAAGUUAUCAGUAACGAACCUCCGGCUGUUCCUGGCGAAAGAGAAAGAACAACUGACACGCCGGACGGCGCCUCCGACGAAACGUUAAAAUUAAAGACAGAUGUAAAUAAACCUGACGACCUUUGAUGGAGUCAAUAAUUAUAGCAAUUUGUAUAAAGUGAUGUAAAAAUAUUGUAUAUACUAUUUGUAAGAUUUAACAUAAGGUCGACACAAUGAACCGUUGACGUACAGUCACCUGCAAUAAUAUGUUACUAUUCGAAGGU